AUGGACCAGCAAGAUUCAUGCCACAUUCCUACGCCCCGGGAAUCUGGUGAGCUUGAGAAAGAGUACCUACUAGAGGAAAAUUCCAGGAAAACCAAGAGAACGCCAUGGAAAUCAUCAGUUUAUCAUCUUUAUGCCCUCUACACGACGAAUGGUCUUCUACUGUUCAUUCUUCUAAUGCUACUGGCACAAAUGAGACAGCAGUGCCUCGCAGAUCCAUCGCUAGGAGUUUAUUCCCCUGCAAACACAGCAGUUGAGUAUAUUAAAGAGGUACCAUUUCGAGCGGCACUGUUCAAUAACACUCCCUACAUGGGCUUUCCUACCGACGAGACGGAUAAGCUGUGGUCUGAUCUGUACAACUCCGGUCUGUCAAAAAUCUCUGAAGACGAGGCUCGCAAAUUAUCAGUGCCAACAUUGCCGAUCCCCGGAACCAAAGACUACCUGGUUGAAUUGGACGUAUGGCAUGAGUUGCACUGCCUAAACGAUCUCCGCAUGGUUCUCUACCCCGAACGGUAUAAGGGAUUGGAUGACCUCAAAGACGAGAACGGCGUGAUUCAGCGGGACAACGAUGCUUUUCGACAUUGGGAUCAUUGCAUUGAUUCCCUUCGACAAGCCAUCAUGUGUCAUGCCGACGUGGCCCCGAUCUCAUUUCACAUCAACGUCCCUGUGAGCUCGGGGAUCUUCCCCCGGCUUGCGACCACACACACCUGCCGCAACUUUACCAAAGUCCAGGAAUGGGCACGAGAUCAUAAAGCCGGAGAAUGGAACUUUUCCGUGUCUCCCGAAGAGGCCGAGCAAAUCAUUCGGACGGCGGGCUUUGAUCAGUCUCCGUUGGAGGACAUUGAGUUUUUGUGGCCGAGUUUCCCAGGUAAUACGUUCUUCAAGCACUGGCAAGAAAAUCUGAAGUAA